AUGUUCUCGUCCACAAUCUCCUCGUUGGUGUCGUUGGCCCCUGCCACGUCGUACUCCAGAACCUUCAUGAUCUCGUCGAUCGACAGCUUUCCGUCGUGGUCGGCGUCCGCAAGCCCUUCUCUCUGCCCGCCCUUGGCGGUCCCCAUCAGCUUCUCGUUGAACUUGAGCCCAUAUUUGUUAACAUUAGACGAGUACCUGUUCAGCUUGUUGAUGCGGUCAACCUUUGGAUGCAGCACGUGGGGCUUCUCUGGCGUCGACCCCCGCGUAGACGCCAGAAACAGAACCACAACAACAGCCGCGGCUAUCAAAUACUUGGUGGAUUUGUGA